AUGUCAGCAGUACCAGCUUUACCCGCUCCACUUCCUGCUCUAGACAACACACUCGGGGCGCUAUACAUUGGCGCCUGUCUCUUGACGCUAUUGUAUGGUGUUAUCUGCGUCCAGACGUUCCUCUACAUAACUUCAAACCGGGCCCGAUCUGACCGUUGGUGGUUGAAGCUUCUCGUGUUUGUUAUAGUCAAUAUAACUCAACUGAUUGGUAGUGGAUUAGAUACUGUGAGCCAUGGCAUAAUCUUGGCUGGCAUGUAUCGCUAUUUAGUGAGUGACUUUGCCAAUCCAGCUGCGCUUAAAGAAGGGGGGGCUGUUAGUGGCACGCUCUUGGUCACGUAUGCAAGUCUCACUGUUUACACCGUGAGCACUUAUGACACUAACGUCACGAUAGGAGGAGUCUGUCGUCGGGGCCUGCUCUGUACUUCUCAUGCAGCUCUUCUUCUGUUGGCGCAUAUGGAGGUUCAGCGCUUCUUCGCUGAAUUUAUGGAUGCGAAUCGCCUUUAUGGUUAUCACGCAUCAUACGUCGCUAUGGGCAUCUUUGGUUCCCAGCACCACCUACACACUCCCAAUGCGCCUGAGUUUUCCCUUGCAACUGAACUUUCAGCUUCAAGUGGAACGGCCUUUGACGUGAUCAUGACACUGGUUAUGAUUACAAGUCUUCAUCGAGCUCGAUCAGGGAUCACCAAGAGUGAUCAUACUAUCACUUUCCUUACACUGUUUACUGUCAACACGAACCUCAUCACGACUUUACUCUCAGUAGGGUCACUGGUUACAUUCCUGGUCCUUCCCGAUGCUACAGUCUACGGAGGAAUAUCUUUCUUGAUUCCAAAAUCGUACUUGAACUCAUUUUUAGCCAUAGACUACCUUCGAGAAAAGCUGGAUCCGUCAAUGUCGAUACACGAGGCACAACCUUCGCAUCCAGUGUUUGCCGUAUUUACUUCAACUAAUGCCACAACGGCUCGGCAAAUGGAGGAGUUGGAGUUGGAGUCAGCUCAUGCGAAUGAUUCGUCAACCAAAGUAUAG